AUCUCAGCCUUCCCUACCUCUCAAUAUAAAUGCAGCUCCUUUGCAUGGUCCAUGACUCAACUCAACCUUCAACUAAUGUCCUAAUAAGAGUUCUCCACAAAGACUUCACGAUUGAAGACCCAGCCUAAUUCUACAAUAGGGAACUUCAGUAAUGACUUCAGAAUCAGAGACACCACGAAUAACAGAGCUACACGUUAGGAUGGACUGCAAUGGCUGCGUGCAUAAGAUCAAAAAGACCCUAAGUGGUAUUGAAGGUAUAGGGGAAGUCUAUGUUGAUCAAGCUAACCACAAGAUUACGGUGGUGGGGACUGCUGAUCCUGAGAGGAUUGUGAAGGCCAUCAGGAAGACCAAGAAGGUUCCUACAAUCUGCUCACACAUCGACCCUACAGCGGAGGCUCAGCCUCCCGCGCCACCCGCAGAAGGGGAAGCCCCACCGCCGCCUGCUGACCCGCCAUCUGACGAGCCUCCGCCUGCUGAUCCGCCAUCUGACGAGCCUCCGCCUGCAGAAGCGGCGCCGGCGGAAGCCGCACCGGAAAACAAAGAGGCGCCACCGGCUGAAACACCGGCCGCCGAUGCCACCGUGAUACACAUGGCGCAUGAUUACCCAUACAGCCACCAUGUGCAUAGAGACCACUGGGCAAACCAUCCUAGCAACAUGCGCGGCGUCAGAUAUGAUGCUGCACCUUAUUAUGCAGCACAUAGCUAUAGUCACAGGUCAAGUCCUUGCAUAUCAGAGUACGGACAUCUGAGCUCUCCUGUCCAAGAAGGAAGAUAUUACAGCCAUGACUACCGUCCAGUUGCUAGGGGAAAAGGAGAUGGAAGCCAGAUCACUUCAAUGUUCAGUGAUGAGAAUCCUAAUGCAUGCAGCAUAGCUUAAAAAAGGAGAGGCAAUUUGCAAGGGAAUCUGUUUCUGUAGACUCUUCCGGCAAACCCGGGUGGAAGGGAAGAUUUUGCUUUUUUCCUCUGAAGAUAUCAAAUGGAUGUAGUUCUAGUUUUAAGGUGGAAUUUGCUUAAAU